AGCGUCAACGUCUCCCAACCCUCUCAGCUUCGCUCCCUUCAGUUUGCGGUAAUAUUGAGCCUUGACUUGAGCUUCAUGAAGCUUAAAGGACAGGUUAAAUUUCGCCAUCUUCAUGGCGUACCGCCGCUUUGAUAUAGUGAUUACUGAUAAAUAUCAGGUUUCGCCAUUUACAGUUGGCAGCAUUCUGGACGUCGGCAGAAUGACUGUCGAAUGGAACCAGAAGCCUCUUUGUAAACAUCGAUUUCCACUUAACGCGUUCACGCGCACAGCGAAUGUCAUCUCGCCUCCGAUGGCUUAAAUACGAUUAUCCUGCUCUGAUGUUGUCGAUAAUCCCUCCUCAAUAUUGGGCAGGCUCUCGACUGGCAUGUCGCAGUCUCAAUACGUUCCUGUGCUCAGUUCGAGCCCUUCUGUGUAUACUCAGAUAUUCGAGCCGCAGCUCAUUGACAGCGCGCUUCAACGCGCCAUUGACCUCAGCAACGUCGGUGAUCGCUCCAAUGUCCAAUUACCUAAACUUUCAUCGGCUGCCAGUGGGGACUCGGAGAUAACUUGCGUUGGACAGGAACAUGACUGGGGCGAGAAGAAACGCUCUUGGAUUACAGCACAAGAUGCUGCGCAUGUUGCACCUCCAAGCUCACCGCGUCAACGGACCCUAGUUCUUUGUUUCGAUGGAACGGGCGACCAGUUCGAUGAAGAUAAUUCAAACGUCGUGCAGUUCCUGUCUAUGUUGAAAAAGGAUGAUAACACGCAACAGCUCGUGUACUAUCAGUCGGGAAUCGGCACGUACACUGAUCCUCUGUUUUCUAUGCCGGUCACAAAUGGCGUUUCCUUGGUAUUGGAUCAGAUGUUGGCUUGGAACCUACCAAGUCAUGUGAAAGAUGGAUACGCAUUUUUGAUGCAGAACUAUACUCAUGGCGACAAGAUUUGUAUAUUUGGGUUCUCCCGUGGUGCAUACACUGCCCGAGCUCUCGCUGGAAUGUUACACAAGGUCGGACUGCUCCCUAUACACAACCACCAACAACUCCCAUUUGCGUACGAGAUGUACGCGAGAGAGGAUGAGGAAGGUUUAAAGCUCAGUCACAUGUUCAAGAAGACGUUCUGUCGUGCCGUCACGAUCGAGUUUCUCGGGGUUUGGGACACAGUCGCAUCUGUCGGAGUGAUUCCACGAUACCUCCCUUUCAUCCACGAGAACAGCGGUAUUCGCUACCUUCGACACGCCUUAGCUCUGGAUGAACGUCGCGUUAAGUUUCUACCCCAAUUCUGUGUCGACAACCCGAAGAAAAAGCCCAAACACGAGAAACAUAUGCUCUUCCAUCGCAAGAAACCUAAACGAGCAUUGACGUUGACAAAGGCGUACGAAGAUUUGAUCAACCGUAGGAACGCAGUUGAUAAGACCGAUGUGAAAGAGGUCUGGUUCGCCGGAGUGCAUACAGACGUUGGUGGUGGCUCCGUCCCUAAUGGAACCCCUCACAGCCUUGCGCGUAUCCCCCUCCGCUGGAUGAUCCGCGAAUGUUUCCGUUGCAACAACGGUAUUCUCUUCGACGCUGUUCAACUCCAACAAGUUGGACUACGAGUGACAACCAACGACAAUGGCGAUCUCAUCCUUGGAGACAUCCCAGCCAGAAUCAAAGUCUACUCUCCCCGAAACGUCCCUCGACCGAAGAAUCCGAAAUACAGAAACGGCUGUGGCUCCCUCUUCUUUCGCGUCGCCGUCAAAUUUGCUUCAGAGUCUUUAUCUUAUAGUCUUACUACCCUCAAACAACUCUUCUGGAGCGAAAGGCGGACCCUCAUAUCUCUAGUGCCUCCCGGUUCGGGCCCGCUAGCGUAUUUGGAUUCUUCUGAUGGAUCAGAGUUGGUUGGACAGCCGGAGGAUUAUGAAGCAAGGGAAGAAUUGGAGGAUGCCUUGAGUCCGUUUUAUGAUCAACUGGAAGCGAGGGCUACUUGGCAUAUUUUGGAGUGGAUCCCGCAGAGAAUCAAGACUGCAAAGGCGAUUAUUCACAAGAUGGAUGAUAAUGGGUAUACGUGGUUAUGGAACAGAGGCCAGGGAAGGAGGAUCCCACGAAGCGAAAUGAAAGAAGGUCUCAAAAUUCAUAGGUCGGUCAAAACACGCUUGGAGGCAUCCGGACGUUUGGGUGCGCCUUAUAUCCCACAUGUGAGACCUGAAUUAAAGGUCAUUAAUGCUGAGGGAAGAAAGGUGAAGGUGUCCAGGCAGCUUAGACAUGAGGAAUGGAACGUGGAGUCUCCCGUUCAUUGGGAGUGGGUUGAGUGAAGAUGGUCAAUGUGGGGAUCUGACAUAGGUAUACCGUUAAGAACAGAGUAGCAUUACCAUGUCCCUGAUUUUCCGCUUUUGCUCAUCCUCCGAGUCGUAGCUUACCCGUUAUUCAGGCGAACGAAAAAUGUUAUCUCUACUAACACGCAUUUUACAAGGCAACGAUGAGGCUUAUGAUCCAUCCUCGUAAAUCCAUUACAAAGUAGCUACAACCUACAAUCAACAUACACAUAUAUACAUCAAGUGAAAUGAUAAGGAUGCAAAAGUCCCAGUACGUUAUAUUCUACUAUAAUAAGGAUGCAAAGGGGAAAGAUGGCGAUAAUAAACAAGAAAUAAGACAACAUCAACGACAACGUCCGGAUAGCACACACGUUUGAGAGCACAACGGAUUGAAGAAACGUUACAACAGUGUAGUAUACUCUCCGCGACGUGGAAGGAAGUAUGUUAUGGCCUUAUUGUUAUUCCUACCACAACAGCAAUGGGGCUACAGCAGUCAGUAAUGACACUGCUAGCCCAGCGACGUGAACUCCAUUCGUCGUUGACG